AUUCACUGCCAAUUCACAAACAUUUAACAUCGUCUCUCUCUUGUUCUCUCCUGGCGAAGUUUGGGCGUUUUCGGAAAGCUACAAAGGAAGCUUCAAAAAAAAAAAAAAAGGAAAAAAAAAAAAAAGAGAGGAAGGCAACGUGAAAAAGAGAUCUGCGAGUCCUAGAAGAAUAUGGGAGAAGUUUGCGGAUAUGAAAUGACGCGUUAGCCCUUGUCUUUUCUGCCUUUUAUUACUUUUCUCUUGUUUGUUGAGCUGCCUCCCGCUCUCUCUCUCUCUCUCUCUCGCUUGCUGGAAAGCAUAUUUCUGUAGAUUGCGGGAAACAUAAUAAGAUUCUGAAACUUGCUCGUCCUUCUUGUCAAAUUCUUAUCAAAUAGCUGUCGGACGACUGCUGGUUCAUCCAAUCUUCAGUUACAGUAUGGUUGCUACUGCUGCUACUUCGUCGUUCUUUCCAGUUCCCUCUUCAUCUGCAGUUGCCAAGUCCAUCAAGAUUGGCAGUGGACCUGCUAGUUUAAGUGGAAUAAAAUCCAAAUCUGCUGCUUCUGGGGGCUUGCUGGUCAAGGCAAAUGCCCAAGCCCCUCCAAAAAUAAAUGGUUCCACAGCAGGGUUCACAACAUCUGUGGAAAAUGUGAAGAAUGAAGAUGACGUGCCGUCACCACCCCCUAGGACCUUUAUCAACCAAUUACCUGAUUGGAGCAUGCUUCUUGCUGCUAUUACAACUAUAUUUUUGGCAGCAGAGAAGCAGUGGAUGAUGCUUGACUGGAAACCAAGGCGACCUGACAUGCUUAUUGACCCAUUUGGCCUAGGUAGAAUUGUUCAAGAUGGGCUUGUGUUUCGCCAGAACUUCUCCAUCAGAUCUUAUGAAAUUGGUGCUGAUCGUACAGCAUCUAUAGAGACGUUGAUGAAUCAUUUACAAGAAACGGCUCUCAAUCAUGUUAAGACUGCUGGACUUCUUGUUGAUGGAUUUGGUUCAACACCAGAGAUGAGUAAAAGGAACCUGAUAUGGGUGGUCACACGUAUGCAGGUCCUGGUGGAUCGUUACCCAACAUGGGGUGAUGUCGUUCAAGUAGAUACUUGGGUGAGUGCAUCUGGAAAGAAUGGUAUGCGGCGUGAUUGGCUUGUACGUGACAGUAAAACUGGUGAAACUCUAACAAGAGCCUCCAGUGUGUGGGUGAUGAUGAAUAAACUGACAAGAAGGUUAUCUAAAAUUCCAGAAGAAGUUCGAGGGGAAAUAGAGCCUUACUUUUUGAAUUCUGAUCUUGUUGUAGAUGAGGAUAGCAGAAAAUUGCCAAAGCUUGAUGAAAACACUGCAGACUAUGUUCUCAAAGGUUUAACUCCUAGAUGGAGUGAUUUAGAUAUCAACCAGCAUGUUAACAAUGUCAAGUACAUUGGCUGGAUCCUUGAGAGUGCUCCGCUGCCGAUCCUGGAGAGUCAUGAACUGUCUGCCAUCACUCUGGAGUAUAGGAGGGAGUGUGGAAGGGACAGUGUGUUGCAGUCUCUGACUGCUGUCUCUGGCAGUGGGAUAGGAAAUUUAGCAAAUGCUGGUGAGAUUGAGUGCCAGCAUUUGCUUCGACUAGAGGAUAGUGCUGAGAUAGUGAGGGGAAGAACUAAGUGGAGGCCCAAGCACGCUAGCAACUUUUGUGUUAUGGGUCAGAUACCUGCUGAAAAUGCUUAGGGAUCAGAUUCAGUUCUUCUUUGUUGACUGGAGUGGCAUUUAUCUCCUUAUGUCACAAUGCCUGUGUAGAAUCGUCCUUUUGUUCAGUUCUUUGAGUUAUAUGUUUCUUCUUUAUAUAUAUAUAUAUAUAUAUAUAUAUAUAUAUAUUGCUUUCUUGGGAAAAAAGGGAAGUUGUAAGCUCAUGUAAUUAGUUCUUGUUGAGAACUCUCUCUCUCUCUCUCUCUCUCGCUUUCCAUUAAAGUGAAGAGUGCAGUAAUAUUCUAGGGGAGAGCUCUCUUUACUUACCAACACAGCCUGUUCAACUUGGUUCCUAGUAUUUGUUAUAUGGCUGCGUGGAUUAUGUCCUCCUUCAAUUGGGCAACACAUGUAUAUUUGCGGCAAUUUUUUUUUAGUCCCUUUGUUAAUUUAGGAAUGGACAGAAAUUGCAUAGCUGGAUUCGUGAUUCAUUUA